CCUGUGAGCAUGGCCAGCCUGCAAGCCCCACUCCUGGCAGCCCUGCUCCUGCUUUUCAUGGUGUUUCAAGCAAGUGAUUCAGCCCCUUAUGGCACCAACGUGGAGGACAGUGUCUGCUGCCGUGACUACAUCCGCCGCGCCCUGCCCCUGUCUGUGAUAAGUCGUGUCUACUGGACCUCGGACUCCUGCCACAGGCCCGGUGUCGUCUUGGAAACCAUCAGAGGCCUGGAAAUCUGUGCCAAUCCCAGAAUGCCUUGGGUGAAGAAGCUACUCCGGAAGUUGGGCUAAGGACCUGGGGCUCUGAUGACCUUAGCCUUGGCUGUUCCAGGAAGGCUCACCGUGGCGUGCCCUGCCUCUCUGCCACUCCAGCAUCUACCAAGCUUCUUUGCAUUCCUCCACUUCCACCCUUGCAUCUGGCACCUCCAGCCAGGCCUCCCACCCACAACCUCUCCUUUCCAACCUCCUCAUCCCUCUUCUGCCCCAGUGUAGCCAGAGGGGGACAGAGACCAGCCCAUUUCUUCCCUGGCAAGGUCACAGCUCUGCCUGGUCCCCUGCCCCCUGUCUCCCUCCCCUAACCACCCGGUCCCACUCUCCAAGCCCAUGCCAACCAUUUCCAGUGUGGAUCUCUCCCGGGAGGUUGCUGGUACCCAGAAUGCAUCUCCCACUGCCUGCUGUGUCCAGCUGCCCCACCCUCCACCGCUCUGCUGGGCCCAAACAGGCACCAGCAAGUUUCACUUCCCAGACUUGCCUGGCCAGCUGGCCCUCUGCUUGCUCUUGACAGACCUGACCGCAGUCUGCUCAUAAUUCCUGGGGUGCAGGGCUUGUCUUCCAGCCUCACUGGGUGAAUGGAAAACUUCCUGCCUCCCUUGUCCUCACUGCUCCUUGACUUCUGGACUCCAGCACUGAUCCCGGCUCAGAAUCCCGCCUCAGAAGGGGUCUUCAGACUGAAUAGGUGAAAGUAACUUCUCCCCACUCUCCACAAACACCAAUUACCUGGAACACAGACAGCCCAUCCUUCUAGUCAGCUGGGUCAUCAUCUUAUUUCAACCUCACAUUGGGUCUUUUUGCUUGUUCUUCUAUUAGACUUUUAGUGUUCUUCCAGGUCCCAACACUUAGACCUGUCAAGCUUGCCCCCUUCCAAUUCCCUUGUUUCCUUCCUUCAAUAGCUGAAAAGCAAAUUCUUUUUUAUUUUAUUUAUUUUUAU